AUAACGCCCGACGGCCCGAGAUACCGCUACAUCCAAUCCUUUUCUGAACUUCCAGAAGAAGAAAGAAGAAAGUAAACAAGGGUCACUCUACUGUAUGUUCCUCCUUAGCUCCAUUUCCCUUUAAUCUCUUUCUUGAUUUCCUGCAUUUUUAAUCUUUAAAUGCUCAACCACUUUUUUUCAUAACUUCAUAUGAAGUUUCUUGUCCUGUCAAAAUUCUGGAUAUAAGGAAUUCUUUAUUCGUUGUUUUUUAUUCCCGAAACUGUUCAAUUCAUGACUAUGCUUAUAAAUUCAUCGCCUCCAUUAACAAACCCAUCUUCGGAUCUCGCAAGAAAACCCUGCGAAUUCUUGCCCGAAAGGCCCAAACUUUAUGACUCAUUCCUGCAUAAGAAGAGGUUUUGUAGAGUAUUAGCCGUUGCCCAUACCCGUUCUAGUAAUUCUUGUUGGAAACAGAGCGAAUUAGCCGUGAAAGAUGGCAUUUUUGUUCUGCCUAACUGGAAUGUUGCCAGUAAUGAUAGAACAGCCAGAGAACUUAAGCUACAUGAUGCAAUUCUGUAUUUAGAGUAUAUGGUAGAGAAAGGUUAUAAGCCUGAUUUAACCCAAGCUACCAAUCUGGUUUAUGCCCUUUGCCAACACGAUAAGGCCGGAAAAGCCACCCGAGUUAUGCUAACAAUUGUUAGGUCUGGGAGUACGCCAAUGGCGUCUUCGUGUGCUUUCUUGGUUAAGUACUUGUGCAAGGUUGGGAGUGUUCGUCGUGCCAUUUAUCUCGUUGAGAAGAUGGAGGAGUAUGGGUACGUUGUGAAUACGAAGACGUAUAAUAUUCUUAUAAGAGGGCUUUAUAAGCAAGGGUGCUUGAAUUUGAGCCUAGGGUUUAUUGAUAGAUUGAUGCAGAAAGGGCUGGUCCCUGAUGCGUAUACUUAUUCUAUAAUGCUUGAAGUUAUCUCGAGGGAGAGGGGGGUUGAUGAGGCUAUGGUGCUCUUGGAGGUCAUAGCGGCCAAGGGUGGGAAACCUAAUUUGGUUUGUUACAAUGUCGUGUUGAUUGGGUUGUGCAAGGAGAGAAGAGUAGACGAAGCUGUUCAGUUGUUUAGGAAAUUGCCAUCGAUUCGGAUUUAUCCCAACGUUGCUAGCUACAAUGUACUAUUGAGGAGCUUGGGCUCGGAAGGGCGUUGGGAGGAGGCAAAUCGGCUUCUUGCUGACAUGGACCGAGAAGGCAUUUUGCCAACUACUGCAACCUACAAUAUUCUAAUUGAUUCGCUCGCUAGUCAUGGCCGAAUUCGUAGUGCCAUUGAUAUCUUGGAAGAAAUGCAUUCGGGGGUUACGCUCAGGGCAACAGCCGACAGUUACAACCCGAUAAUCACCCACCUUUGUAAAGAAAAAAAGGUGCCCGAUGUGAUAAACUAUCUCAACCAGAUGAUCGAUCAGCAGUGUGAUCCUAAUCCCGGAACGUAUAACGCCAUCGCUGUUCUUUGCGAGGAAGGAAUGGUGCACGAGGCCUUCAAAAUCCUCGAACGCUUGAGGGCCAUAAAGGGGCACCCGGUUAACGAUUUCUACAGAAAUGUGAUCUCUAUUCUAUGUAGGAUGGGGAAUACCUAUCCCGCAUUUCAGCUUCUGUGCGAUAUCACAGCAUCCGUAUUUACUCCCGACAAGUUCACCUAUUCAUACCUAAUCAAAGGCUUGUGCAAGGAGAGAAUGCAGAACGCUGCCAUCGAGAUAGUUAGGAUUCUCGAGGCAAACUGUUACAGGCCAAACGCCAAGAACUUCGGUGCUCUAGUGAUUGGAUUAUGCAAAGGUGGGAGAACGGAUUUGGCGUUGUCGGUUUACGAAGAGAUGAUCGAGAAAGGGUAUAUGCCGGACGAGAAAACAUAUAGCAUUAUAGUUGAAGGUCUUGUGUAUGAAGAAGAAAAGGAGCUGGCAGGUUUGGUUUUGAAAGAGUUGCAUAUGCAGAAAGUGAUCAGUACAGAUAUGAUGCAGUGGCUUGCCUUGCAGUAUGAGCUUGAGGAGGGCCUAUCAGUAUAGCAAAGGUUGUACAUGAAACAUAUGACCUGCAACAUUGAUUGUAACUAAUAUUUUGAGCAUAUGUUUGUGUUUUUUGUUUUUUUGUUUUUUUUUGAAGUAUUCUUCAUGUGGUUCUGUAACAUGAAAAUUUCAUGGAAUUGUAUUCAUCAUGUAGUAACACUAAGCUUAAUUUGUUAGUUGAAAUACACAUUUAUUAUUUA